UAAUGCAUUAAAAUUAUUUUAAUGUUUUAAUAAUUAUAAUACAUAUCUUAUUUUUGUGUAAAGCAGAAAAAUGGCUAAUUUUGAAGAAAAUGUGAUGGUUGCUUUGUAUUGGGGUGGUAAAAUAAUUUCAGAAAUGAGAGGAUUUAGAUACAACGAAGGUGCUAGAAUGAUUGUUAGCAUGCCUAUUUCAACUAGCUACGUUGAACUAGUUGCAAUGUUGCAUGAAAAAAUGAGGACAAACAGUGAAAAUAUUCAAAUGGAUAUUUCUGGAAAAUAUCCAUGCUCAUUUCAAGGUAACAUUGCAAGGUUUAUUGAAUUUAAAAUAGAGAAUGACCAGUCUUUGCUACAAUUUCUUGUCAUUCCUCAAAAAUUUUUGAAUAAAAUUGAUAUAAAUCUUUUGGAGAUGUAUGUAAAGACUAGACCAACAAAUCAUGAUAAUCUAUUUCAAAUGAAUGGUCAGCAUGGUUAUCAUAUGAAUUUAUUAGCUCAAAAUUAUGGAUUUGCCAUGCUCAGUCAUCCUCAUUUUGCAUAUACUGCAACCCUUAGUAUCCAUCAAUCACUUGAUGCAAGCCCUAACGAACAUGAGUAUCAAUCAUAUAAUGAAGGAUUAAGUAGUCAAGUACACAUUGAAAGUGGCCACAGACAAUAUGAGAUCAGAGAAGAUGAGGAUAACUUUGAUUUGUGUAAUGAUGUACAUGCUCAAAUUUGUGAUGAAAGUUCGGAGGAAGAUGAACCUUCAGAAGAUGAUGGAGAAAGUGAAACCUUAGAAAGUGAAUCUGAUGAAGAUACCAAUGAUAGUGAAGAUUUACCUCAAAAUGAUAUUGGUGUAAAUCUUCAUAAUCAAUUUGGUCAAAGUGUGUCUGAAAUGCAAAAUCAUGAUAUACCCUACUUUACAACAUUAGACAAUGAAGAAGAUAUUUUAUCUCUACCCGUGAAUCUAAGAUGA